CGGAUAUCCUGUUCCCGAGGCCAUCAUGAAUUUCUUCCUCGAAACAUACCCUUUUUUUUUUACUAUUUAUUUUUCUUCUAUUUCUGAUUAAUACCCUUCAUCAUUAAACCUUGGCUACAAAAUAAAUUUAACGCAGCAUAUUUCACGCUUUAUACACCUAUCUAUGAAUGAAAUCAAGACAACAAUUACCAUUCCGGCACCUCCAAAAGAGGUCUGGGAAGUUCUUACAGACCUAUCGCACUAUCAUGAAUGGAAUCCAAUGAUUGUACAAGCAAAAGGAACUAUCGAAGAGGGCGAGGCGUUAGAUCUAAAGAUACGACUACCGUCAACAAUAUUUUGCGGUGCACCAAUAUCGAUAUCCCAGGCCCCUAAAGUCCUCAAAGUCGAGCCAGAAGCAUGCCUUCAAUGGAUCGUACCAGCAACCUUCAUAAGAUCUGCAGAAGGGACGCACUAUUUCCAAUUAACCUCCAGUCAAAAUGGCGCAGCCACCGAGUUUACACAAGGCGAGCGUUUCAGCGGAUGGAGUUCAGGAUUUUAUUUGGGCAUAGGGACUGUGAGCGACGUCCGCCGUGGAUUUGUCAUCAUGAAUAAUGCUCUUCGAAUGGAAACCUUACGUAGAAGAGAGGCCGAAAGCGAAAAGUCCAUUUCAGUAGACCGUCAUAACGAAGGUCUGGACGAAAAAACCGCACAGUCCAAUAUCAAUAAUGGAGCCACUGUCGCUGUAGCGACGGGUGCAAUAAUAAGGAUGAGUUCUCAUCCGGCGCAAGAAGACCCAGUUCUCAAGACAGAUGUUGAUGUGCAAGGAGUGGUUGAAAUCGAAGCAAUAGCAACUGAUGAAAUUGAUACCACAAGGAAUAGAACGACAUGGAGAACCGAGAAAUCUAGGAAACGUACAAGCAUUAUUGAUGCAGUUUCGUCUUUAUUCAGCUCUACAAGGAUACCAAUGGUCGGACAUAUUCCCAUCUCUGCAUCCAAAGAAGAGUUGAUCGCCAAGACUAUUCCUUUAGAGCAGGAGCAGGAAGUCGCUAGUUGGGACUAUCCGCCAGGCUGCUUGAGUAGCAUAGGAGAAAAUGAAGAAGAGGAGGAGGACAAGUAUGAAGAAAUGAUAGAGGACCUCAUAGUCAAGGCGGGACGAGAAGCUAGGAAUGCUCAGAGGAUCGAGCUUGACUUUGGGCCAUCCGAUCUGGAUCUAGGGGAUUUCGCAAUUUAAAAUAAA